AUGAAUUGUUUGGAUCCUUAUAUUUUUAUUGAUGAAGUGAAAGAUAAUGAACCUACUGCACAACUUAUUGAUAAUGCAACAAAUGUACAACUUAUUGAUGAUGAAGAAUUGCAAGUAAGCCAUGAAAGAUAUGUUCGUGAAAUGAAAUCUGUAAAUUUUGAAAAAGAAUGUCUGAAAGAAGAAUUAAAGUCCGAAUCAUGCAUAAAGAAAACAUUACAAAGAGAAUCAGUAUUAAAAUCAACACCCAUAAUACCUGAAAGCGAUCACAAUAUUGGAUAUAACACAACUGAAAAGAAAAGUAUAAACAAGACAACAAAACAAAUAAAUUGGACUGAGUAUCAUCGUUUGAGUGUAAUUCAUUCGUUCUUAGAUGAUCUGGAGUAUGAUUUUCCGUCAAUAUGCACAGUGGGAAUUAUUGGAAAUUCUCUAGAAGGUAGAAAAUUGAAGAUCCUCAAGGUAUCAAACAGUAACGCAAGCAAUUCGGCAGUAUGGAUGGAUGCUGGAAUCCAUGCACGAGAAUGGAUCGCACCCGCCGUCGCCACGUACAUAUCUGAUCAUAUUGUGCGAAAUUUCGCGACACUGCCAGCUAGUAUGACAAAUAAAGACUGGUAUUUUCAUCCAGUUGUUAAUCCCGACGGCUAUGAAUACUCGCACACAGUCGAUCGUAUGUGGCGAAAAAAUAGAGCAUGGUACGGUGGACAAUGUGUCGGAGUUGAUCUCAAUAGAAAUUUUAGUUAUGGCUGGGGAGGCAAAGGAUCUUCAGACAACCCCACCAAUGCUUUCUAUCGAGGCCCGGUACCAUUCUCAGAGCCGGAAUCGUGCGCCAUCAGAGAUAUACUAUCAAACUCUGGAAUUCCUUUCAAAGUGUAUAUAACGCUUCAUAGUUAUGGACAAGUCAUAUUGUUCCCUUUUGCGUACAAGGAUGAACUUUGCCCCGAUUAUGUGCGGUUACUCGAAGGAGCUACUGUCAUGUCUAAGGCUAUUUAUGAGAGCAGUGGAAAUACAUAUAAAGUAGGAAUAUCAAGAGAUGUCAUGUACGGAGCCGCUGGUACAAGCAAUGACUGGAGUUAUGGCAAAGCGGGCAUACCUUACUGCUAUCUAAUAGAGCUGACAAGUAAGAAGCAUAGAUUUAGAUUACCGAAAGAAGAAAUAGAAGAGACUGGAAGAGCAAUUUUAAACAGCGUUAAGGCGCUGAUGGAAUUUCUUGAUAAAAAUUCAAAGAAUGAUAAUGAUAAUAACUAA